AUGUCUGUGGACACCGCUGCCGCCGCCCCCGUCACCGACCGCCGGCCUUCUACGACGAUGGUCAGUCCCCCGCAUCAGCAGCACCACCGCUUGCCUCACGCGGUGACGGCUACUGGGAAAGAGAGGCGGGUAUCGCGCGCUUGCGUCUCCUGCCGGCUCAGGAAGACGAGAUGUGACUUAGACUAUGGUGGUAACCCAGGUAUACCACCCUGCCGUCGCUGUGUAAGAGAACAAAAAGAAUGCGUCCUAGCAACAUCAAGGAGAGGCGGCCGACGGCCCCGUAAGUUUGUCCGCUUACCACAAGGUGACGAUGCCGUCUUCCCGCAUCAACAACAACAGCAACACUCGAACACCGUCACCGGGCCGGCAGCCUACGACUCAGGACCGGGAGCCGGAGACGUCGGCAUUUCCUCCCACCAGCGCUCCACCAGCCCGGCGGAUUCUCGGCACCGCAACGACGGCGGCGAGCCCUGGUCGUGCUCCCCCGAAGAGGACGACGACGGCCCGGCAGAGAGACCGGCGAGUUGGCCCGGCUCCACUUCGCAGCCGGACAGCCCCGGCGGCCGGUCGACCCGGUCCCUCAAGAGUUCCGGCGAUAUCGAGGGCCACAUCACCUCCAGUGACUUGUUGAAUCCUUCUGACGCGCUUAAUCUCCUGGCGCAGGUUGCUGACCUCGAUGGGGAGGAACGGCGUGACGAUAUGCGACACCUGUCUGUGAGUGAUGCUCCGGGUCGGGAUAAGUGCAGUCCUAGGAAAGGGUCACGCAAGCCAUCGACACCUGCGGCGACCCAUUAUCCGCCAAUAUCAGACGGUGUAUUAAGUCUGCCUGUCGCUUCACGUCUGCUCACAUUAUACAUCGACCACUUCCACCCCUUCUUCCCCGUAGCAGACAAAUGCAUCCUCACCCACACCCCCGCCACAGUCUCCUCCCUCAUCGACUCAGAACCUCACCUCGUCACCGCAAUCUUCACAGUCGCCUCCAAAGACGAGCCAUCCAUGACCCGCGUCCACGAGGCCUGCUCGCGGUACAUGGAGACCCUCAUCUCCAAGCUCAUCUACAAGGGGUCCACCACCGUCGGCGCCGUCGAGGCCCUGCUCAUCCUCGCGCAGUGGGCGCCGCAGAGACUGCAGGAGAAGCCUACCGUCGGGCGCGGCGAGGAGGACGAGGGCGCGUGGAUGCAGAUCGGCGUCGCGAUACGGCUGGGGUACCUGCAGAGUCUGGAGCAGACGGGGCUGUUGUCGGAUAAGACGAGCCCGUCGUCGGAAACGUUUCGGAGGAAGAGGUUGGUUUGGGCUGCUUGCUACAUGAGUGAUAGGGAAGUGUCGAUCCGUGUAGGCAAGGGGUUCUGGUCCCGUGGGCCGGGACCGUCGACAGUACCACGCUCUGCGGACUUCCCAUCUCUAAGAAUACAGGAAGCCGGGGGAGACAACCUCGGACAGCUGUUCCAGGCUCAGCUUGAGUUGAUACAGCUCUUCAGCAAUGCUCAUGACAUACUAUACUCAUCAUCAAGUCAUAGAGCUCAGCUGUAUCUCGGCGGAGAGUACGUGAGGUAUAUAGAUGACUCUUUUGCAGUACUUCGUAAAUGGAAGAUCGUCUGGGGAAGCCUCAACUUCACGCCCCUAAUAAAAGCAGGCCUCAACCUCUCCUACGAAUUCCUCCGCCUCUACAUCAACGCCUUCGCCUUCCAAGCAACAAUCAACCGCGCGAUCACCAAAGCCCGCCAACAACAGCAGCAACAGAUGCAGCAUAACCAACAACAAUAUCAACAGAGCCAGCAGAGUCAACAGCAGAACAUGUCCUCAAAAGAUCAGAAACAGCAACACAACGGACACGAGACAACGACGGCAACCCAAGCGCCAGCAAGACACCCACCACAACCACUGCCGCAGCCUCCAACGACGACUAUCAGCAGCCCCCUAUUCGCAGACCUCGCUAGUACGCCCGACGCCCGCUUCAUUUACGAAUCAAUGGACGCGGCCAACUCUCUUCUAAACAUCCUCAACUCCUCUGUAGAUCCGGCUACCGGAUUGAGGUACAUGCCGCUAAAGUAUUACCUCUACGUAAUCUACGCGGCCGUGUUUCUCUUCAAGGCCCGUCUCGCUGGCGCCCUAGGAAGCGAAGCCUCAGAAAGCGUCCGCCGCUCGAUCAACGUCACAAUCGAAGGCCUCCAACGCUCGUCCCUGAGCCCACACAGCCUGGGUCAGCGCUACGCGCGCCUUCUUUCCCUGCUAUGGCGUAGUAAACCAGAGGAACAGCAGCAACGGAGUCAGGGACCUACCCUACAAUCCAACGUCACCAUCUCCGGUCCUGACGGUCACGCAGUCGAUGCCACCAACACCGGAGUGUCGUGUCCGGCUUUCGGUCUCCACAACGGGGCAGGCGGCCCCGGGUCCGUGUCGGUGCACGUACCGACUGUACCGAGCUCGGCCGGUGCCGGUAACAGCAAUGGGUAUGGAGGUCUCGGUGGACAUGCCGACCAUCAUCAAGGGUUUGGCGGGAUGUCGCAUGGUCAUGCGCAUUCGAAUAUGGCUGCCUUCCCUCAUCAGCCCGAUCUUCUGGUCAGGGGCUUCUCAUGGCGAGAUCUAGAUGAUCUGGGGCAAUUCAUCGGGCCGGCGGACAUGAACUUUUCUGAUCCUGCCAAUUUGGCGGUGAUGGGCGGGUCGAUUAACCUAGAUGAAGGGGCAGGGUAUGAUGUUCUUUGGCCAGGCAACGACGUAGUGUUCUAG